AGCAGGCAGUCGGUCAAGUACGGAACAUCGCGAAAUAAACCUCAGACCAACAAUUGUGGAGUGCCCGUGCUCCCCCCUUAAAGUGAUAGACAGAAAAUAGCAAACAACAAAAUAUCAAAAUGAAAAUGACAAAUUGGUGAAGACAAUAGAGCGGCAGCGGCGAUUUCCAGUGAAAAGAAUGCCAAGUAAACAAAUAACAAAUCAAUCGCAUAACUCAAUAACAUAUAAAUAACAAUUGCGGAAGCCUCUAUAGAAAUUGUGAAUUGUGUUACGUGUAGAGAGCCAAUAUGCCAAUGCUGCCGACCAUUGAGGAGGAGGGAAAGCUCUCCUGGCUGCGUCUCAUGUGGCGCUAUCGUCUCCAGUUCCAGUCCAUGGCUGCGGCUUCGAUUGUUUUUGUGGGCUCUGGCAUGCGGCUGGCCUGGUCCAUCUUUGAUACGCCCGCUGGCAAGUUUCUGAACAACAACAACACACAGAAUCUGAUGAUGAGCUGGUUCAUUGGCGCCGCCCUGGGUGCCCUGCUGGCCGCCUUCUUUGUGCAGCGUGUUACCAAAAAUGUUGCCUAUACAUCCAGUGGCUUUCUGCUGCUUAUGGCCGGCGUUCUGAAUCUGGCACUGCCUCAACACUUUGGAGCCGCCUGCUACAGCAGCGUGAGUGUGGGAGCCGCCUACGGGCUGACCCAGAUACAGGCGCUGGUCACCGGAUCGGAAGUGGCCCACAAAUCGAUACGCGGCAUGCUGCUCAGCUGCGAGCGCAUCUUCCUCUGGCUGGGCGUCUGCAUUCAGGUCUUCUACACGCGCGUCUGGUACAAUCUGGAGCCGGUGCAGCGGGGCUAUGCCAUGCACAUUGAUCAGCUGCACGGCAUACUGCUGGGAGCCCUGGGACUGGGCGCCGUCAUACUGGCACUCGCCCAUCGGCUGGAGUCGCCGCUGCUGCUGCUGCACCAGGAACGCGAUAUGGCCGUGGGCGAUACCCUCAAGCAGCUGAACGGCCAGUCUGCCACGGAGCUGGUGCGCCUGCGCGAAGAUUGCCGGCAGCUGCACAAUGCCCGCGACUGGGAGCAGUUUGUGGAGGAGCCGGAGGAGAUACCCGGCUGGCAUCGCUGCGCGCGUCGCCUGCUGCCACUGCUAAAGGUGCUGCUGCUGCGCUGCUUUGCCACCUUGGCCCUGUCGCUGUCCUUCAACCGGGCAUUCCUCGUCGUCAGCUGGCAUGGCCUGGAGUGCGACAUGAACUGUCUGUAUUGGCUGGCAUUCGCCGGUCUGGUGGGCAGCCUGGGUGGCGCCUUCCUGGUGGACACCCAGGGACGUCGCAAGCUCUGCUCUCUGUCACUGUUCAUAGCUGGCAUCAUCAUUGUCAUGGUGGGCGGCGUCUUUGAGCAUCUGGAGUCGGUGAAGAAGACCUUCUACGACAUCAAUCUGCAGGCCAUUGCCCUGCUGAUGCUGCUCUUCGAGCUGAUUGUGUCCGGCGGCGUGGCGGUUCCGGCUCUCAUCUAUACGGCGGAGGCGUUCAGCAUUGCUCACAAGGCGCGCUGCCUGGCCGGCAUUCUCGUCUGUGAGCAGCUGCUGCAGCUGGGCCUGCUCCUGGCCGCCUUCAACCAUUGCCUGACGGACUCCAUCCUGUUCUUCACCAUCGGCGCCCUCAGCUUCUUCUUCGGACUGCUCGUGUACAUGCUGAUGCCCGAGACGAGGCACUUGACGCUCUACGAGUGCCUGCUCAAGUUCAAGAAAGUUCCCUAAACAAUAUUUGUGUCAUUAAGUGGCUUACACCUAUCCUUACAUCUAUACUUAAUCGUAUUCUUAGCCCUAAGUGAUUCUCCUGCUAUCUAUGUGUAUGUGUAUGUGUGUGUUUGUCUGUGUGUGCAUCUGUAUCUCUCACUCCCUUUGUAUCUCCUAAGUUGCAUUUACAGCUAUUUAUUGUAGGUUAUUAAAUGCCAGCCAGCCAGUCCAAGCUCUUUUAUUCAGUGAGCUUUUGGGCAGCUGUGUUUGCUUUGAACUGCUUGCACUGCUUGUCACAAACAGUGCUGCUUAGCUCCUCCCCCUCUCACAGGAUAUGCUGUGGCAUGGAUGUUUCGUUAGCUGGAA